AUGCCUGGACUCAGUCGAGAAUUGGUGGAGUUACAACUACCAGUCAAAGAAGACAAGAAACCAGUGAAGCAGUUGCCCAGAAGAUUUCACCCAGAUGUCUUGGUAAAGAUCAAAGAAGAAAUCGAAAGGCUCCUAUGGUGCAAGUUCAUCAGAACAGCCAGAUAUGUUGACUGGUUGGCCAACGUGGUCCCAGUGAUUAAGAAGAAUGGCAAAAUGAGGGUUUGUAUCGACUUUCGAGAUUUGAAUGCUGCCACUCCCAAGGAUGAGUAUCACAUGCCCAUUGCUGAGAUGAUGGUCGAUUCAGUAGCUGGCCAUGAGUAUUUGAGCUUGUUAGAUGGCUAUUCUGGUUACAACCAAAUUCUCAUCGCAAAAGAAGACGUGUCGAAGACAGCUUUUCGAUGUCCUUGUGCCUUCGGGACAUAUGAGUGGGUGGUUUAUAUUGAUGACAUAGUGGUGAAAUCUCCAUCGAGGGAUGACCACCUAUUGCAUUUAAGAAGAUCCUUUGAGAGGAUGAGGAAACAUGGUUUCAAAAUGAACCCCCUUAAGUGUGCUUUUGGUGUGAUUGCAGGGGCCAAAAACGGGGCCAAAAACGUCAUUGUAAAAGGCGACUCUGAAUUGGUAAUAAAACAACUUACCAAGGAAUAUAAGUGUGUUAGCGAGAACCUGGCGAAAUAUUACGUGAAAGCAACAAGCUUGUUGGCCAAAUUCGACCAUGCAGGGGUCAUCCACAUACCUAGGAUAAACAACCAAGAAGCUAAUGAAUUGGCACAAAUCGCUUCUGGGUACAUGGUGGAUAAAGAUAGGUUGGAAGAAUUAAUCAAAGUCAAAGAGAAGUUGAAUCCGUCAGAUCUUGACAUCUUAACUAUCGAUAAUAUGGUGCCCAAUGACUGGAGGAAGCCAAUUGUCGAGUAUUUGCAAAACCCUGUAGGAACAACUGACAGGAAAGUCAAAUACAGGGCUUUAAGCUAUGUCAUUAUAGGCAAUGAGUUAUUCAAGAAAAAUGCAGAUGGUACUUUGUUGAAAUUCAUAAGCGAGGAUGACGAAUUUGUGGCAAUUUCAAUUGUGCAUGAUGGUCUAUGUGGCGCUCAUCAAGCAGGAAUCAAAAUGAAGUGGUUAUUAUUCCGACAAGGGAUGUAUUGGCCUACUAUCAUGAAGGACUGCAUCGAAUACGCAAAAGGGUGCCAAGAUUGUCAAAAGCACGCAGGGAUCCGGCAUAUGCCAGCCAGUGAAUUGCAUUCAAUAAUCAAGCCAUGGCCAUUUAGAGGGUGGGCUUUGGAUUUAAUUGGUGAGAUCAACCCAUCUUCAUCGAGGCAACACAAGUACAUAAUAGUGGCUAUAGACUAUUUCACUAAGUGGGUAGAACCCAUCCCGUUACAAAAUGUUACCCAGUAUAUAGUGAUCGAUUUUAUACAGAAUCACAUUGUGUAUCGUUUUGGCUUGCCUCAGACACUUACCACAGAUCAAGGUGGAAGCAGCCAACAAAACCCUGAUCAGUCUGAUGAAAAAGCAUGUGGGUCGAAAACCCAAAGUUGGCAUGAAACCUUAGGCCAAAUGCUUUGGGCUUAUCGAAAUUCACCUAGGGAAGCCAAGGGGGCAACACCGUUUCGACUAGCAUAUGGUCAGGAAGUAGUGCUGCCAGCAGAAGUGUACUUACAGUCUUGUAGAAUUCAAAGACAAGAAGAAAUCCCUAGUGAAGACUACUGGAAUAUGAUGUUUGACGAACUGGUUGAUCUCGACGAAGAAAGAUUAUUGGCCUUAGACUUUUUGACCAGACAAAAGGAUCGCAUCGCAAAGGCUUACAAUAAAAAGGUUAGAGCUAGAUCUUUUAUUGUUGGUGAUUACGUUUGGAAAGUUAUAUUGUCAUUGGAUAAAAAAGACAAAAGUUAUGGCAAAUGGGCCCCAAAUUGGGAAGGCCCCUUCAGAGUCAAAAAAGCACUCUCUAACAACGCUUAUUCGAUUAAAGAAUUAGGAGGUCAAUGUCGACGUAUAACGAUAAAUGGAAAGUACUUGAAAGAGUAUAAGUCAAUGUUGCACGAAAUCAAAAUUCAAUAG